AAAAAAAAUAAAACAAUCGACAUCAUCACCAUCAAAAUCCCCUUUUAAUUUUGCGAUAUUUAAACAAUGGAUGGAUGGCGCACGAUGGAUUGAAACGCUUUUUUCACUCUCUUUGCUAACUUUUUUUUUUAUUUAAAAAAAAAUUAAAUCAGUAUGGCCGAACAGACUACUCCAACAUUUAAGCUCGUCCUUGUCGGUGAUGGUGGUACCGGUAAAACCACUUUCGUCAAGCGUCAUUUAACUGGUGAAUUCGAAAAGAGAUAUGUUGCCACCCUUGGUGUCGAGGUUCAUCCCCUUCAAUUCCACACUAACUUUGGUGCUAUCGUCUUUAACACCUGGGAUACCGCUGGUCAAGAAAAGUUCGGUGGUCUUCGUGAUGGUUACUAUAUUGGUGGUCAAUGUGCCAUCAUCAUGUUUGAUGUCACUUCCAGAAUUACCUACAAGAACGUUCCCAACUGGCAUCGUGAUCUUGUCCGUGUUUGUGAGAACAUUCCUAUUGUUCUCUGCGGUAACAAGGUUGAUAUUAAGGAACGUAAGGUUAAGGCCAAGACCAUCACUUUCCACAGAAAGAAGAACUUGCAAUACUACGAUAUUUCUGCCAAGUCCAACUACAACUUUGAGAAGCCUUUCCUUUGGUUAGCUCGUAAGUUGAUUGGUAACCCCAACUUGGAGUUUGUUGCUGCCCCUGCCCUUGCACCUCCUGAGGUCCAAGUCGAUGCUCAAUUGAUGCAACAAUACAACAACGAAAUGGAAGAAGCUGCUGCUCAACCUCUCCCUGAGGAAGAUGAUGAUUUGUAAACACAUACAAAAAAAAAAGCAUAGUUUUUAUACAUUAAACUUUUUUUUUUAAUCAAAGACCCUUUUUUCCUUCAAAAAAUAAACCCUUACAUGAUUCUUUUGCAU